AUUCAUCAAUGCGAGUCGAUGUUUUGUCCACAUUUAAAAUUGGUAGAGUUGAGUAUAUGUCGGUAGAGGGCAGUAGUAGAGUGACUAUACGGACUAUACAUGCAGAAAUGUCAUCAGUGUCAUUCAAUUCCAAAACAACGUGCUGCUCGGAAAGUAUUGUGUACACAAAAAUUCGUCUGAAUAGUUAAAGGAACGGCUGAAUAUAUUGCCCUGUUUUGUGGAUAUUCAAAGAGCACCAAUGGCACCAACAAGUCUUAUCAAGGACAUUACCAAAUGUAAGCAUCCCAACAGUCGUAAGACUUUGGCAUUAGCGAAAAAGGCCAAAAGAUACAACAACCGAAGUAAAAUCAAGCUAGGGCAUGCAGUCAAAUCGAACAUUCUUGGGGAAAAGUUUAUGUGGUUCACCGAAGCACUUGUUGAUCGAACGACACCACUAUCUAAGACCGAAUUUGACGAACUGAUUAGCAUAUACUUGAAGAGAUUCGAUGAUGAGGUGGAACAAAUCAAUUUGAAGCAGUCGAUCUGUAAAAACCGAUCUAAUCAACACGCUAGUAGAUUAAGCAUCAUCAAAAUGACUCUCGAAAGGGAAAAUGCUGAAUACAGUGGAGCUGGAAUCGAACUGAUGGACUUGACCGAUGCAGUGAAAUUUGAAAACUUCAAAAAUUGGGAUGGCAAUUCUAUUAAUCUGCAGCAUUUGAAACUUGACAGAAUUUGUAAAAAACAUCUCUCACAAUAAAAAGAAAAAAAUAAUUCAUCGAA